AUGUUGACUGUUCAUAAAAUGCAGUUUAGCGUUUUCUUGCUGUUUUGGGCAUGGGUUUUGUCCACAGAAUGCAGAGCUCACUGGCAAGGGAAAGAAAUUCACGAAGUCUACAAGAAAGGCAGUCGGCCUCAAAGACAGAGAAGAGAAACACAUGGAGAAUCACACAAGCAAGGCAGUCCAAUAUUGAAACGAAGUCCUGAUAUCACCAAAUCACCACUUACAAAGUCAGAGCAACUUCUGAGAAUAGAUGACCAUGACUUCAGCAUGAGGCCAGGUUUUGGAGGCCCUGCCAUUCCAGUCGGAGUAGAUGUACAAGUUGAAAGCUUGGACAGUAUUUCAGAGGUUGACAUGGACUUCACCAUGACACUUUACCUUAGACAUUACUGGAAAGAUGAAAGGCUAUCAUUUCCAAGUACCAACAACCAAAGCAUGACCUUUGAUGGCAGACUAGUGAAAAAGAUCUGGGUACCGGAUAUGUUCUUUGUGCAUUCCAAACGAUCCUUUAUCCACGACACCACCACAGAUAACGUCAUGCUCCGGGUCCAGCCAGAUGGGAAGGUGCUUUACAGCUUGAGGGUUACUGUAACAGCUAUGUGUAACAUGGAUUUUAGUCGCUUUCCCCUUGACACACAAACGUGUUCACUGGAAAUUGAAAGCUACGCUUACACUGAAGAUGAUCUCAUGCUGUACUGGAAGAAUGGCAAUGACUCCCUGAAAACAGAUGAGAGGAUAUCGCUAUCCCAGUUCCUCAUACAAGAGUUUCACACUACCACCAAACUUGCCUUUUAUAGUAGCACAGGCUGGUACAACCGCCUCUACAUCAACUUCACUUUACGCCGGCAUAUCUUCUUCUUCUUACUCCAGACCUAUUUCCCUGCCACUCUGAUGGUCAUGCUGUCCUGGGUGUCCUUUUGGAUAGACCGCAGAGCUGUGCCUGCAAGAGUUCCCUUAGGGAUCACGACAGUGCUGACCAUGUCUACCAUCAUCACGGGCGUCAAUGCCUCCAUGCCUCGGGUUUCCUACAUCAAAGCUGUGGACAUUUACCUCUGGGUCAGUUUUGUGUUCGUCUUCCUUUCGGUGUUAGAGUACGCAGCAGUAAACUACUUGACUACAGUGCAAGAGCGAAAGGAACGGAAGCUGCGAGACAAGCUUCCUUGCACUUGUACACUACCUCAGUCAAGGCAACUGAUGGGUAUGGAUAGCAGCUAUAGUGACGGGGAGGUAAAUGAACUGGGACAGUAUGUGUCUGAAAAUGGAGAUAAACAAGACCGAAUGAUGGUUCAGCUGGCACUUGGCUCAGAAAGGAAUUCAAGCAGGAGGAAAAACCAGAGAUACAGCAGCAUGAGGAUUGAUACACAUGCCAUUGACAAGUAUUCCAGAAUAAUAUUUCCAGGGGCAUACAUUUUAUUUAACCUGAUAUACUGGUCCAUUUUUUCAUAGUUAUUUCUUUAGCCAGUUUCCAUGUGGGUGGGACAUGUGUUAACUGUAUGAAAUUAAUGUCCAUCAAGAAAAUGUGACAAUAGAGACUGUUCAAUACUCCUGUUACAUGAAAUUCACACAAUGCACUCUCCAAUUUAUUAUACUGAGACCUAAGUGGAAAUCUCUGCUGAACUGCCAGUUAUACCAGGCCUCAAAACAAAAAAAAGUGGGGAGAGGGAGGAAUGAAAAUUUGCAAAGCAACAAAUGCUUUUAUUUCAAAAGACAGUAUGUGAUAGGCAUUUGUUAAAGUACAGAAUAUUGUAACAGUGUCGCUAUGAUGGGAAGAGGAAUUUCAGAGCACAUCUGUGUUCCAAUUACAGAAACG